ACUGCGCUCGGGACUUUCCGACUGGGAAGGACCGCAGUUCUUGUAACGGGCAGGUUUGCUUGGGCUCAGUAAGGCGGCUGGGGGGGCUCCCAUUUCUCUGUAGACCCUGUUUUUAAUCUUUGCUGCUGAGUUAUCAUAACGAUGUGGAUCCCCACGACAGAAACAUGACUACCGAGUCCCAGACCCACCGCAUCUACAGGCAGCUGGAGGAGAAAUUGUCGCCCAAGAGGAAGCUGAGCGUCGGGAGCUGGAAUAGUUUCGUUUUGGUUUUGUGUUUUUUACUCGGAGCGGAAGUGGUUGGGGCUGCCUAUCUGUUCUACAGUUUGGCUCUGGAAAUAAAGCAGACCCAGGAGGUGGCCAGGCUCGGAGAGUAUCCUGUACAGUGUUUGCAGUACCUAGUGGAUCCAGGCCUUCGAGAAAAUGCAUCUUUCAGCUCUGAAGACCUUGCCGGCUGUGACCAGUGGAAUGCGGAGCUCAAGAAAACUAUCGGGAAGCAACUGAUAUCUGAUGUCAGGAACACCCUGUAUCAGGAGCUUACAGCCCACAAUGUGUCCCUGACCCACGCCAACAAACCAGCCAUCCACCUGGGCCCCGAGCAGGGCUGGAGACAGUUUCUGUGGCUAAAGCCAGGCAGUCAAUGGGGCCCCAUGACGACUCCCAGAGGAGCCGUUGUACGCUGGGACAAUGUGAAUGGCAUGGCCGUGCAAGAAGGCAUGAUGGGAUACAGUCAGGAUGGAGGCAUAGUGGUGCCGCGAGAUGGGCUUUACUUUGUCUAUUCCCAGGUUUAUUACCACUCGCAGCGCCCAGCUGGCAAGGAGCAGGCCCAGCCUUUUCUACACUACAUAUACAGGAAGACAUCUUACCAGGAGCCUAUCCUUCUUUCUAAGGCUGCCUCCACUGGAUGCUGGAACAUGGAGCUGGAACGCGAUCUAGUUUCCAGCCACCAGGGGGCACUGUUCCAGCUGCAGCAGGGGGACCAGCUCAUUUUGAAGGUUCAUGACAUCCACUCUGUGUAUUUGAAUGAGGAUUCCACUUAUUUUGGAGCAUUUAUGGUAAUUUAACUGGUGAAGUUCAAAAUUACUGAACAGGUAUUGGGUUAAUCGAUUUUCUUCUCUAUUAUUGUUCUAGAAGAGCACUAAGGAAAUCUUUAUGUAAUGUCUUAUUGCCCACAAAGGCCAUGUCGCUAAAGUCUUGCAAGUGUGUUAUUUUACAGAAACUCUAGUUUUUAACUGCUGUGGUAUUUAUAAUGAUAAUAAUUAGCACACACGUAUUUCCCUUUGUGGGGAUUUGUGUCUGAUCAGGUUUGCACUCAUAUGAUUGCUAGCCAGAUCCACUCUGAUAAUGGUAUUAAUGGGAAAAGUAAAAAAAAAAGCUUAGUCUAAUUUUCAAACAACGCACAUCCGUUUAAAGAAUAAAAAUUAGAUCUAAUUUUCCCAUUUUGUACAAAAUAUUUUUAUUAAAAUAUUCUUGUGUUUUUAAUAAAAGUCUGUAAUGAAAUAACUGAAAAAAAUACUCAUUUCAGUAAUUUAACAAGGCAAACUUAUGGACAGGUCUUCUGAUGUCACAGAUUAUAUCUGGAGUGGGUAACACCAGCUAAGGGGUGCCAGGUUCCUAUGGGCUCCUUUAGCUUAGAGUAGCACCUGCUCAUACCAGGAGAACAGCCAGUUGAUCUUCUGAUAUUCUCCAUUAGUUCAGUUAAGGUUAAGGUCUAAGCUAUAUUAAAAAACCAAAACCAAAUGCAGCCUCGGCAGUCUGGAGUUGCCCACCCCAGUUACACAACAAAUAAUAUUCGGAGCUGGGACGUAUUUUUGCUGUGCAGUUUUGCAAACGACUGAUAUUUCUCUUUGACCGCAGUGCUACUCAAGCAUCUGGGGUGCAUUUUCUCAGCACAGCCAGUCUGGCUCAUUUCUUCAGUCACAUUUUACACUGCAGAUACCCCCUGGUACAUUGGGUGCACAGGGGAAGCUAUAGGGAGCAAGUUCAGCCAGAGUAUGACACUGUUUUGGGAAGACAGUUAAGAUAAGGGUUUGUCUGUACACAGUGCAAAAAAAAUGAAAAUAUAGAGAGUAAAAUGUAUGCAUUACAUUCAAACACUUUCACCUCACAGAUACUUUCAAAGUUUAUACAAUUUGUGAUUUAUUGCUCUCACACAGGCACUUGUAGGGUUAACUGAGGUGCACUCAGAGGUGGAUCCUUCUACACAAGGCUUAGACAUUCUGUUAAAGUGACUCUUACAAAUAGAACUAUUUGUAAGGUGUCCCCUUUAAAUACAGUGUCUAGUUCCAUAAUGGUAAUUGGAUCAAAUAAGGCCUGCUCUUCAAGCCUAUCUUUCCAUUGAAAGAGGUUUGGUAGGUCAAACCAGUGGGCAAUAGCUGUACUGCACAAACUACAUUAGGCUUCACAGUUUUAUCCCCAUUCAGUCCAAUCUCUGGCAUUUAAGAGAUUAGCCUACAUUUAAUGAUCACAUAGAACAUUUCUUGCGAGCCAUGAUGCUCCCUGUCUUUCAAUUAUUGUAAUAAGUAUUCUAAGGGAAAUUCAGUCCUUGUUAAUUGUUUCUGUUGUCAGUAACAUGCUUCUGUAUUUGUCCUUU